AUGGUAAGCUAUCGCUAAAAUACUCUUUAUCAAUGUGUUUAUCAGUUGAAUAUGCUAAGACGUGCAAAAAAGAGCGCGACUGGUGCAACUCUCAAAAAGGCGCCAACGAUGCCGGAUCUGGAUCAUUAUCUGGCCAAUCAGGACUACGAAGGAGCGAUUACUUUGUUAAUGGUAGGAUGUUACAAACAAAUGUUCUCUGCCGCCAAACUGAAACGUUCCAGUUCAAAAUCAAAAGCUCAAACCUUAGUCGAGAAGAGGAACACUUCACAGAGUUAUGGCUGGCCCACUGCUUUUACAGACUACGGAAGUACGAUGAAGCAGCGAAAGUGUAUACUGCAAUGAUGGAGAAGUGAGCAACGCAUUUAAUCUUUCCUCUUUCUUUCAUUUCAAGUUUCAGGCCGAACGCACCUGCUGAGUUGGGCGUCUUUCUUGCGUGCUGCAAGUUCUACAUGCAGCAGUAUGUCGAGGCGAAAACGAUUGCGGAAAAGUGUCCGAGAACUCCACUUUGUAUAAGAUUGAUGAUGAAUGUGUCAUUGAGACUGAACGACGAGAAACGCAUUCUCUCGUUCCAUUCCAAUUUGGGAGUAAGACAAUACCGUGAACAUGUUGGAAAGAUAGUUCUCAUUCAGAAUUCAUUAGAAGAUCAGCUAUCGUUGGCGGGCGUCAAUUUCUAUCGAAUGCAUUAUAAUGAGGCCAUUGAAGUUUAUACUUCGAUACUUGCGAAGAGCUCGUGAGUUGAAUCACAUGAGGUUUUUCAAUCAUUCUUUUUUCAUAUCAGGACCCUAAUAGGCCUCAAUAUAAAUAUGGCAUUGUGUUAUGCGAAGAUGGACUUGCCUAACGUGGCUUACAAUCUCGCCAAGAACUAUCUUCGUUCUUUUCCCAAUAGUCCUUUUGCAAAGAACCUUUUACUCGCGGUAGUCUAUCGGACAAUCACUUCGAAGACGAAUUUGGAGGAAAAAUCCGAGCUGGCCAAAAAUCUAGUGCAAGAUGGGAAGACGUUGGCGCCCGAGAUGGAAGCCUUGCUCAAGAAAAGACUGUAUCCAGAGAUUGAAAACAUUUGCAAACACAAUCUCGUUCUGUUCAAGAACUGCGAAACGGCCCUUCAAGUGCUUCCUUCGUUGAUGAAACACGUGCCGGAAGCAAGACUCAAUCUCAUUUUGUAUCAUUUGAACAAAAGUUAUCAGUUCUGUAUGAAAAGUGUUCCCAAAUUGAUUUCCAGAUAAUAUCAAUGACGCCUUCGAGCUGGCUAAUGAUUUAGAUCCAACCACUCCCUAUGACUUUGUCGUAAAAGCGCUAACUUACCUCAUAUAUGGACAACUGAAAUCCGAUGUGUGUGGAACACUCAAAACUAACUGUCAAGUAUUUUCAUUUCAGAGCGAUUAUCUGAGUCGUGCCGAGAGCUUCUUCAGAACCGUCGGCGAUUCUCCAGUCGUUCAAGGUUUUCUCCUAUCCGUUUCCAUUCAACUCUCCAUUCUUUUAGACACUGUCGUCGGCAGGCAAGCCUCUGCAGCUUAUCUGUUCUUGUCCGGAAAGUACGCAGAUGUAAUCAUGUACUUGGAUUCGAUUUCGGUAAUCAACAAAGUUUCCGUUCAUCUGAUGGCCUUCCAAUUUGCAGGAAUACUUCACGAACAACGAUCCAUUCCUUUUGAAUAUGGGCCAAGCGUAUCUGAUGGUUAAAGAUUACAAAAAGGCCGAAGACAACUUCAUUCGAGUGGUCGGUCCCGAAAGAGAUACGGCUCUGUACAAGAGCAUGCUCUGCAAGUGUUGUGAGUUCGGAAAUGACAGCGAGACAAAUCAGUGCGAUUUCAUUUCAGUGAUUCGAAACAAGAAACCGUUGAAAGCAUGGGAAAUCAUGGUAAAAACCAGUAGACCGGAUGAAAAAAUUAUGCUUCUGAAGCUGAUUGCGAAUGAAUCUUACAUGGUGAGUAGAACUUCAAAGUUUCCACAAAAUCCCUUUUUGAAUGCCAGUCUUUGGAGUUUUAUUUCGCGGCCAAAGCAUUCCACGAAUUGGAGCUGAUCGAUCCAUCAAUGGAGUACUGGAAUGGGAAGAGAGGAGCAUGCGCCGGACUUUUCCGACAACUUGCCAACCACAAAAGUGACCUGUAGGUGUCCAAUUGUAAGACACAUUCCAUUCGUUUCUUUUCAGAACCAACAUCGAAAACAUGCGAGAAGUGCUCAAGCUGAUCGAGGCGAAACCCCAUACGAACAGCGACUUUAUGAGCAAAGUCAUCAGAUCCUGGGCGGCCAAUCACAACGUCAUUCUGUCCUAACUGAUAAACGAAUGAAUAAACUGGCUUAUCUCUCUGCGUUCCGUCCGCAUUUCUUUUCUUUUCAUUUCUUGACCCAUUUACCCGGUUACCAGUUGUUGUUGUGAUGCGGGAAAACGUGUUUAUCAGUGGGAUGAAGUAGUAAAACGAUGAGUAUAAAAGGGUGUUCGUAGCAUGGAAACUUCAGUCGUCAGCUGAACAUGAAGAUUGACAAAGAGGACGAUCAGCAGCAACAGAUGCGCCGCGUCGCAUUCUUCGCGGUCGCCGUCUCCACCGCAGCCGUCAUCUCAAGGUAAUAUUCCAGGUAUUUAUAGUGCAUUUACCAAGUGAAUUUCAGCAUCGUGACGCUCCCGAUGAUCUACUCGUACGUCCAGUCCUUCCAGUCUCAUCUCAUCAUGGAGACCGAGUUCUGCAAGUCCCGCGCCCGUGACAUGUGGGUCGAGAUGCAGGUUCUCCACAAGUCGGGAGUCACCCGUAGCCGCAGAAAUGCCGGGUACAAGGAGGGAAGCGGAGGAGGCGGAUCCGGAAGCGGCGGAUACGGAGGACCGUCCGGAGCUGGAGCCGAUAUCGGACCAACUUGCUGUCCUUGCCAACAGGGACCAGCUGGACCACCAGGACCACCAGGAGAUGUCGGACCGAACGGAAACGAUGGACACCACGGAUCGCCAGGAGUGCCAGGAAAGGAAGGAUCAAUUCUGAGCUCUGCCCUCCCGCCAUCCGAGCCUUGCAUCAUUUGCCCACCGGGACCACAGGGAGCCGUUGGACAGCAGGGACCAAAGGGACCACCAGGUCCGAAGGGAAAAUCUCAGGAGAGAGCCGGCGACGGCAAGAACGGAGAGCCUGGAAUGAUUGGACCCCCAGGACCACCAGGAGGUGUCGGAGAGCCAGGACCACCAGGACCAGCUGGACAGCCGGGAAGAGUUAUCCAGGUCAACGGACCAGCCGGACCAGCAGGACCACGUGGACCAAAGGGACCGCCAGGACCAAAGGGACUUCCAGGAAUCGCCGGACUCACCGAGGUAGGACCACAAGGACCGCCAGGAGACAACGGAGGACCAGGACCAGUCGGAGGGCAAGGACCACCUGGACCACAAGGACCACAGGGACCGCCAGGAGACGAGGGAUCCUGCGAUCACUGCCCGGAACCACGUACCCCACCUGGCUACUAG